CCUGAGAUUUUCAGAGCCUAUGUUCGGGUAACCCCUGAUUGCUUUGAUGUGCUCGUCUCUGCCCUGCAGGAUGACCCAGUGUUCCAUAGCCAGACCAAUGUCCCACAGAUGCCUAUUGAAGCGCAGGUAGCAAUUGCUUUAUAUCGUUUUGGCCAUUAUGGCAAUGCAAUCAGCACUCAAUUAGUAGCUCUGUGGGCUGGUGUUGGUUAUGGCACUGUUCGCCUCAUCACGCAGCGUGUUAUGAAGGCCAUCUGCAGUGACCGCUUUCGCCACUCUGCCCUUUACUGGCCAACAUCAGAUGAGAAAGAGGAGGCAAAGAGAUGGGUGGAGGAGAACUCCUGUCCUGCUUGGCGGGAUGGUUGGGUGAUGGUUGAUGGCACAUUGGUUCCACUAUAUGCUCGACCUGCUUUUUAUGGGAACACUUGGUAUGACCGGAAGUCUAAUUAUUCUCUUAAUGUGCAGGUAUUUGCAUCUCUGAUACCUUGA